UGCGUGCAAUUAAAGGGCUGUGGCGGGAUUGGCUCCGCGUCUGGACUUGUCUGCUGUUUCCCACCUACCAGGGCCGGAUCUGGAGCCCUUUCCCGUGGGGCGGGACCUCGUAACGCCGACUCCAGGUGAAGGGUAACUGCUGAAGAAACAUUUUAAUUCUGGAGAUACCGACUCAGUAUCAUGGCCGGCAGCCCUAAUGAAGAUCCAGAAGGAAGCAGAAUCACUUAUGUGAAAGGAGACCUUUUUGCAUGCCCCAAAACAGACUCUCUAGCCCACUGUAUCAGUGAGGAUUGUCGAAUGGGGGCUGGGAUAGCUGUACUCUUCAAGAAGAAAUUUGGAGGGGUGCAGGAACUGUUAAACCAACAAAAGAAAUCUGGAGAAGUGGCUGUUCUGAAGAGAGAUGGGCGAUAUAUAUAUUACUUGAUUACAAAGAAAAGGGCUUCACACAAGCCAACUUACGAAAAUUUACAGAAGAGUUUAGAGGCCAUGAAGUCCCAUUGUCUGAAGAAUGGAGUCACCGACCUCUCCAUGCCCAGGAUUGGCUGUGGUCUUGAUCGUCUGCAAUGGGAAAAUGUAUCUGCAAUGAUUGAGGAGGUGUUUGAGGCAACAGACAUCAGAAUUACUGUGUACACACUCUGAACAGAUGAACAUUUUGGAAGUGUCCAUGUUUUCCUGUGUCAUCCUUACUAGGCCAUAGGAAUGGGCAAACUGACCUUAAAAUUGUCAGAAGAAAGUUUCAUGUGAAGUAGUCUGUGUCGCAAGGCCAGGCUGUAUUACUGUGAUUGGACUGGAACUGUGGAAGAGGGAUUGCUUGGGAAAUGUGGAUGUGAUUUUUUUUUUUGCAGGAAGGUAGGUAGUAGACGGCCUGAUGGUAGGUGGGGAACCAAAUGUUGGGCCUAUGACCGUGUUUUGCUCCAGGAUGCUACCUGAUUUGUUUGGCUUGCCACUAGGUGGCAGCAUUUAUUCUACUUCUCUGCUGUUGGAGAGAAACUUCAGGAAGGAUGAACAUUUAAUUUUGCGUCCCUUGUAGCUUGUGCAUUCACUUGGCAUUAUCCUUAUGUCAUCAGAUUCCUCCUAGGAGAGAAUUUUAAAGAGUUUUUUUGUUUGUUUAAAUUACAAAAAUGGGUUUUUACAUUAUUAAUAAGGAAUUUGGUGAAAAAAUUUGGUGAAAAAUGGGAAAAUCAGUGUCUUGGGCUCCACUGAGGCUCUGUAUACAUGUCUAGGUUAUUCUGGACUUGGAUCAUGGAAGAUUCACCUGUAACUUAAUUUGGAAAAGUCAGAGAGGGCGUCCAGUGGGAAGAGCAGCAAGGUGAGAAAUAAGAAUGGACAGCAAGUGUCAACAUCGAGGAAAGGCAGGUUUUCAGAACCUCUUCAUUGUAAACUGCAUAGUAGUUCUGUCUCCUGUGUAGUUUCUGUGAUUGAAGCUGUCUGAAUCCAUUCAUGAGACAAAUGAAAUAAUGUAUGAUAAAUGCCUGACAGAGUGCUUAGUGCAGAGUAAUGACUCAGUUUGCAACAAAAUCCAUAUGAAUCUUCUUU